UUUGAAUCGUAUAAACUCAAAUGAAGGGUAAUAGUAAUGUUAUUAAGGAUCCGUUUUAUUUGUCAGCUGACAUCAUGUAUACAGGUUUUCUACUAUGCAUGUUGGUUGCAAGUGUGAGCGUCGAUGCUAACCCUACUCUUUCUCAACGAGUGCUAAAUCGAUUAAAUCAGUCACCAGAAUUCAGAUCAGGCAAGGUUGCUAAGCUAGCCAAGAGGCUCGUUCAUAAUCAAAAGCUAAGCUAUAUUUUAGACAUGGUAGCAAAUGAGCAUGGAGCUGAAGCGCACCUGACACCGACAGGAAAUAAUACCGGUUAUAUCAAAAAUACAUUUAAUUACUUCGGACCUGAUGAUAACGGUAAUGAAAAUAAUGACAAUAGAGAUACUCGAGAUCAUUAUUUCCAAGGAAUGCAACAGAAGUACGCCGACGCUAUAAAAAGUCGUUACGAAAAUGAAAUUUAUAAUAAAAAUGACUAUAAUGACAAUGACAAUAGAGAUAUCCGAGAUCAUUAUUUCAAAGGAAUGCAACAGAAGUACGCUGACGCUAUAAAAAGUCGUUAUGAAAAUGAAAUUUAUAAUAAAAAUAACAAUGGCAAUGUAAAGACUCUAAGCCAUUCGGUAAAAGGCAAUAAAGAUAAGAGGAAUGCGAUAAAACUCGUGGCAAAAGUUGCUGCACAGGAAGUAGUCAAGGCAGCAAAACUAAAGGCAAACCGAGCUAAGUCAGGAAGAGGUGUGGAGUUACCAGGGAAGCAGAAGAAAAGCUUAUGCAUAACCAUUUCGGAUGAAAAAUAUUGUGUUGAGCAAGGAAAAGAGUUCAGUUAAAAUAAGUAAGGAAUAAAGUGUGUUGGAUUCGA